AUGGGAAACGAAGCAACUCUAAGAUCAUCAAUGGUAGGUCUUGCAGUGGUAAUGGUGGUGGUAUGGUUAUGGACACAAUCUUUAAAAAAGACGGUGGUUACUUACGCCGUUGGUGUUACUCUAAUCGGUGGCAUACUUUUGCCGGAUUGGGACUUCUUUGAUCGGAGUUUCUCGAGGUGGAGCUACCCGGUCACAGCCGAGGAAAGAGCCGCCGCUCUCUCCCGCAAAUCCCAUCCUUCAAGGUUUAGAUUGUACCCUAUGAGGAUGGUUGUAUACGGAAUGGUGUAUGGAUAUGCAGUGUAUAGGUGGUGGAUGUUCGUAGCAAAUUGA